GGCAGAUACGGAGGUCCACAGACAGCAGCGGCGUGUAGAGUGCAGCAUGCAGACUGGCCAUUGACGCUGCUGUUGGAUUGAACACACAUGCACAGACACACACACGCCUGAGGAGUGUAUGAGACAUGCCCAGGCUGCUGUCCAUGGACACACACACACUGGCAGGGCACCAGAGAGGAAAUACAGCAGAACCCCGAGCCUGAGGAGCUAUGGAGAGCAGCAUGUUCUUUGGUAACACAUGUCAAAAUGGCCUCAUGCCUGCCCUGAUGCGUCCCACCCUGCCUGCCUUCCAGACCUCAUUGGGCAUGAAGCAGUUUCUCCCGUUUCCAUUGGAUACGGCCUCAGCGGUCAGCCUCUUCCCAGGAUUCAACACCAUGGAUCCGGUGCAGAAGGCCGUCCUCCAUCACACCCUUGGGCUCCCUCCCACCGCCAAGAGGAAGCACGUCUCCUGCAGCGUUUGCCAGCUGAGGUUCAACUCACAGAGUCAGGCUCUGGCCCACUACAAGGGGACCAAACAUGCCAAGAAGCUAAAAUCCCUGGAUGCUCCAAAGAGUAAACUCAAAGGCUCAGUGGUCACCAAGGAAACCGCCAACCAGGAGAUCGCCAAGGGCAUCAACACCUCACAGGUCCCCAACGGCACCGACAGGAAAGAUGGCAUUCCUGGACUAGCGGCCCUACCGCUAUCCCCUAUCCUCAGACCGCCACAAUCCCUGCCGUCCUUGGCGAUCCUUGCGACGCCGACGCCGGCACCUGUGACCUCGCCGCUAGUGCCGAGCACCACGGCAGCUACAGCCCCGGAGACUACCUCAGCUGCUGGAGGGGACGAAAGGCCGUCUGAGCUCAACUCGCCCUCAGAACCAGACCUGGAGCUCGAAGCCGAACCCGAGACAGAGACGGACCCGGAAACAGAGGAGGAGAAAGCUCGACGUCUUCUGUACUGCUCGCUCUGCAAAGUGGCGGUGAACUCGGCGUCACAGCUGGAGGCUCACAACAGUGGUACGAAGCACAAGACGAUGCUCGAGGCCAGAACCGGUGUGGGUUCCAUCAAGUCCUUCCCCCGGCCUGGAGUCAAAAGCAAACUGGCUACAACCCCCAAAUCAGCUACGGGCCUGCAGAACAAAACGUUUUACUGUGAGACGUGUGAUGUUCAUGUCAACUCAGAGACUCAGCUAAAGCAGCACAUCAGCAGCCGACGUCAUAAAGACCGAGCGGCAGGUAAACCAGCCAAACCUAAAUACAGCCCCUACAGCAAACCACAGAAAGGCCAGACCAAGCAACCGCAGAUAAAGUUGACGCUGGGUAAGGAGCGGCAGUGCCAGUCUCUGACCAGCCUCAUUCCUGCUCAUCUGGCAGCUGUGGCAGCAGCAGCAGCCGCCGCCCUCGGCAACACUUUCACACACCGCACGAACCCCAUCACUAACCACACCCCGACCCCUGCCCUCUUCCAGACACAGACCCUCCCCGCUGCACUGCUCCGCCCGGCCCCAGGGCCUGUCAGGACCUCCCACCCACAGGUCCUAUUUGCCCCUUAUUGACCUGUUUGACCUGUCUGCUUCACCCAGACCGAGCCAAGGA